GUUUUAACGCAUCGUUCCUAUUUUAUAGAGCGAAAUCCGGAAUUUGUUUGAACAUCAAAACCUUAUGGCCAUUCUCACACUGCGCCGUUUUUCUCUCAUCUUACACAAACGCAUGCACUUCUUCUCUUUCUAUUUUCUUUCAAAAUUCUUUUUUCUCAGAUAAAAGAGUUUUCUUAAUUAUUAUUUUCUAGAUCUGGAAAAUCGUCUUUUUUUGUUCGCAAAAUCGACAAAAUUAUAAUUUGCGAUGUCGUUGUCGGAUUCUGAGUCAUCUUCUCAUGGCAGUGAAAAAGAAUACAAGGUCUUUCGUCAGUUCAGCCGCGAUCGGCUAUUGUAUGAAAUGCUUGGAUGUUCGACAUCUGGAGGUUCAAAAUCGGCUUGGAAGGUACUCAUAAUGGAUAAGGUGACCGUCAAAGUCAUGUCUCAUUCGUGUAAAAUGGCAGAUAUCACCGAUCAAGGAGUUUCCUUGGUGGAAGACCUUUUCAGGAGAAGGCAGCCAUUACCCUCCAUGGAUGCUAUAUAUUUCAUCCAGCCAUCAAAAGAAAAUGUUGUCAUGUUCAUAUCCGAUAUGUCUGGAAGGGAGCCUUUAUACAAAAAGGCAUUUGUAUUUUUUAGUUCACCUGUUCCAAAGGAAUUUGUUAAUCACAUCAAAAGCGACACAAGUGUGUUGCCUCGCAUAGGUGCAUUAAGAGAGAUGAAUUUGGAGUACUUUCCUAUAGAUAGUCAGACCUUUUUGAUGCAGGGUUUUAUCACAGAUCAUGAAACAGCCUUGGAGGACCUCUUUAGUGAGGAAGCUGAGAAGUCUCGAAGAUUUGAAGUUUGUUUGAACACAAUGGCAACUCGAAUUGCCACAGUUUUUGCCUCGUUGAAGGAGUUUCCAAUUGUGCGAUAUCGUGCUGUCAAGUCACAAGAUACAUCUACAGCAACAACCCGCGAUUUAAUUCCUUCAAAACUUGCUGAAGCUGUUUGGAACUGUCUUUUGAAGUACAAAUCUAUUCCUAACUUUCCUCAGACUGAAACGUGUGAGCUGUUUAUCUUGGAUAGAUCUGUUGAUCAGAUUGCUCCUGUGAUACAUGAAUGGACAUAUGAUGCCAUGUGCCAUGAUUUACUUGAUAUGGAAGGAAACAAAUAUAUGCUAGAGUUUCCUAGCAAAUCAGGUGGCCCACCAGAGAAAAAGGAGGUCCUUCUAGAAGAUCAUGAUCCAGUUUGGCUAGAGCUUCGUCAUGCACACAUAGCAGAUGCAAGUGAGCGCUUGCAUGAUAAGAUGACCACCUUUAAAUCAAGGAACAAAGCUGCACAGGUUCAAAGCUCAAGAGAUGGUGGGGAAUUAUCUACGCGAGACAUGCAGAAAAUUGUGCAAGCUUUACCCCAAUAUAAUGAAAUAGUUGAAAAGCUCUCUCUGCAUGUGGAGAUAGCUGGAACAAUCAACAAACUUAUCAGGGAAAUGGGUCUUCGUGAGCUCGGACAACUAGAACAGGAUCUUGUUUUUGGAGAUGCUGGAGCAAAGGAUGUCAUCAACUUUCUGAGGACAAAGCAGGAUGCAUCUUCCGAAAAUAAGUUGCGUUUGCUGAUGAUUUAUGCAUCUGUCUAUCCUGAUAGAUUUGAGGGCGAUAAAGCUUCAAAGCUAAUGCAGUUGGCUAGAUUAUCGCCAGAGGAUAUGAAAGUUGUGAACAAUAUGCAAUUACUUGGAGGAUCAUCAAAAAUUAAAAAGGAAACCACUGGCUUCUCGCUCAAGUUUGAUGGCCAAAAGAAAAAACAAGCAGAAAGAAAAGACCGAACUGGAGAGGAAGAAACUUGGCAACUAUUUCGAUUUUAUCCCAUGAUAGAGGAGCUUAUUGAAAAUCUUAGCAAAGGGGAGCUGUCAAAGAAUGACUAUGCAUGUAUAAAUGAACCAAAGCCAACUGUUCAGGACAAAUCCCAAAGUGGCUCGAUGCGGGCAAUACCUACUCCAGCUGCACCUACAGAAAAAAGGCCCGCUUAUUCAAAGAGAUCAAGACGAACAGCAAUGUGGGCACGGCCUCACUCUUCUGAUGAUGGAUAUUCCAGUGAUUCAGUACUGAAGAAUGCAGCUGCUGAUUUCAAGAGGAUGGGACAGCGACUUUUUGUGUUUAUCAUUGGCGGGGCAACUCGAUCUGAGCUAAGAGUAUGUCACAAGCUCACAGCAAAAUUGAAGAGGGAAGUUGUCCUAGGUUCUUCUAGUUUCGAUGAUCCUCCACAAUAUAUUACGAAACUGAAGCUGCUGUCAGAAAAGGAUCUCUCCAAGGGUGCCCCACAACCCAACUUUUGGUGAGAUUGAAUUCUGGCUCGUAUGCUUUUGGCCAUCGCCGGCCAGCUGAGUACCUCAUUUUGGAGUUGAUUAAACUCUGCCAUUUUCGAGGAAGUAAGAUUAUACAUUGAAUGAUGAGCAAUUGAGCAAUUGAGCAAUUGAGUUGAUUAAAAAGUGCAUCGAAACGAUUGAAAAGAAGGCCCAUAUCACGUCUCUACAGUCAUGACCUCCUCUUGAAAAUACUGUUUGAUUCUCAGAGAGGCGACUCGUGUACUGUCUCCUUUUCAACUUGGAGUGGAGUCUUGUUGUUUGUUGUUCAUCAUGUUAAAGGAAAUUUUAUCACAAAAUUUUGAGGGGACAUUUGGAUGCCCCAGGGGAUUCGAAUACCCUUUAUGUAUCAAUUCAUUAUUUUCCUGAAGCAUUUAAAAUUUAAAUGUUUAAUUCAAGCAUUGUGGAAUUUAUAUGGAACGCCUCUAUUUUCCAUACUGUGAUAUUGACCUGUCUAGCUGGUAAACAAUCCAACUGGGAUAGAUGAUUCAUGAUUCAUGGCCAAUUGCACUGUAAGAUUAAAGCGAUAACCAUCCGUUCUCAGUCCAAGUAUUCGCUGGCAAAUUAUUUGCAGGCACAAUGUGGCUGGGCCACACGCAUUAACUUUGCGUUAAACAGUUGAACCCCCCUCCUAUGUUGAAAUGAAGUUCGGCUUGCUAUAGUGCCGAAUGCACGAUUCUUGAAG